GUUCGUUGACAAAAUAACAAUUGGGCAAGAAAAAAAUAACCAAAAAAAAAAAAAAAAAAAUUCCGUCAACAACAACGAACCAGAUGUUCUACAAUUUCAUAAACUUGAAGAUCAACAAAGAUUGAAAAUCCCUCUGAUUUUUGUGAGAAUUGGGUUGGAGUUAUUGGGUUGAGUAAGUGAGUGAGGAUGGUGUUGGUUUUGGCCUUGGGGGAUUUACACAUACCCCACAGGGCACCUGAUCUACCUGCGAAGUUCAAGUCCAUGCUUGUUCCUGGCAAGAUCCAGCAUAUAAUUUGCACCGGGAAUCUUUGUAUCAAAGAAGUUCAUGACUACUUGAAGACUCUUUGUCCCGACUUGCAUAUCGCUCGAGGUGAGUAUGACGAAGAGACACGAUAUCCAGAGACCAAAACACUGACUAUUGGUCAAUUUAAGUUGGGACUAUGCCAUGGCCAUCAGGUUAUUCCAUGGGGGGACCUAGACUCGCUAGCCAUGCUUCAAAGGCAGUUGGAUGUAGAUAUCCUUGUCACAGGUCACACCCAUCAGUUCACAGCCUACAAGCAUGAAGGGGGUGUUGUUAUAAACCCCGGGUCUGCCAGUGGCGCCUAUAGCAGCAUCACCUAUGAUGUCAACCCAAGCUUUGUCCUCAUGGACAUUGAUGGCCUUCGUGUGGUUGUGUAUGUAUAUGAGCUCAUUGAUGGGGAGGUUAAGGUUGACAAGAUUGAUUUCAAGAAGACAACUGCCGCUACUCACUCCGCUCAUUGAUCACAAGUUUUAUCUGUUGGGGAUUUGCUAGACUUCAGGAUUCCUCAGUCCUUUUUGUUAGUGAUGUAUGCGAUCCCAUUAUCUUUGUAUUUGUGGGCAAUUUUCUGGCUUAUAGAGAUCGACUAGGGUUGUACCUUCCUGUGGAUUUGAUUGACUUGUGAUAAUGCUUGACUCACCAAUAUGUGUUAAUGACUGUUUUGAGUGUUUUCUAUUUGUAUGGCA